UUCUCCUUGCAACUCUUCUCCCAAUGUUUCCUCAAUAUCAUCGAUGGAGAGUGAAGGUUUAGGCUCUUUUCUGUCCCAGAUCUUGUAGCUUGCUACACUUGCACUCUUUGCAUUUUUUCAAUUCACAUUCCGAUUCGUUGCAGAUUCUUUUUAUUUCACAUGAUCGUCACUUCUUGCGCAUGUAAUUGUUAAUUGAAGCCAUUUGCAGGUGGUCCACAGAAAUCAAAUUCUCCUCACCUUCGUCUUCUUCAGCCUUUAGUCACAACAACCAACGUUAAAGAUAUGAAAACGCUAACUGUUAAAACUGAAGAUUCUUUUUCCAGUUUGCUGGAACUUGCUUCUAACAAUGACAUUGAAGGUUUCAAGAUUCUUGUAGAUAAGGAUUCUUCUUCGAUCAAUGAAGUUGGGCUCUGGUAUGGCCGUAAGAAUGGAUCAAAGCAAAUUGUUCUUGAGCAUAGAACCCCUUUGAUGGUUGCUGCUACGUACGGUAGCAUCGAUGUUCUGAAGCUUAUACUGUCGUGCCCAGAGGCAGAUGUGAAUCUUGCCUGUGGGGUGAAUAAAAGCACUGCCCUUCACUGUGCUGCUUCUGGUGGGUCUGUUAAUGCAAUUGAUGCUGUGAAGCUUCUUCUAUUAGCCGGUGCUGAUGUGAAUUGCGUGGAUGUGAAUGGUAAUCGCCCUGUUGAUGUUAUUGUUGUUCCUCUCAAGAUGCGAGGGAUGAAAACUAUUCUUGAGGAGCUUCUUUCAGACAACGCUUCUGAUGGCUCUGUUGGUGAAUUCUAUGUUCGGGUGUCUUUUAAUUCUUCCAGUCCUGUUUCUCCUGCACAUUCAUCAAAUGGAAUGCCAUACUCUCCUUCAGGCUCGCCGCCAUCUCCUGUGGCUUCGAAGUUUAGUGAUGCAGCUAUUGGCUCUUUGUUUGAGAAGAAAGAAUAUCCAAUUGAUCCGUCAGUUCCUGAUAUAAAAAACAGCAUAUAUGCAACAGAUGAGUUUCGGAUGUUUUCGUUCAAGGUGAGACCUUGUUCCCGGGCAUACUCACAUGAUUGGACUGAGUGUCCAUUUGUCCAUCCUGGGGAGAAUGCUCGAAGGAGGGACCCAAGGAAGUUCCAUUACAGCUGUGUGCCAUGCCCUGAUUUUAGGAAAGGGGCUUGUAGACGUGGAGAUAUGUGUGAAUAUGCACAUGGAGUAUUUGAGUGCUGGCUACACCCAGCUCAGUAUCGGACACGCCUCUGCAAAGAUGGCACCAGUUGCAAUAGAAGGGUGUGUUUUUUCGCUCACACUGCAGAGGAGCUGCGUCCACUGUAUGUUUCCAGUGGAUCUGCUGUCCUUUCACCCCGAUCAUCUGCUGCCUCAGCCCCAAACGUCAUGGACAUGGCUGCUGUAAUGGGCCUUUUGCCGGGUUCACCAUCCUCGGUCUCGUCCUUGUCCCCAUCCCACUUUGCCCAGCCGAUGUCUCCGUCUGCAAAUUGCAUGUCACUUUCUUCUGCUGCUUGGGCACAACCAAAUGUGCCAGCUCUUCAUUUACCAGGAAGCAAUCUUCAAUCUAGUAGGUUGAGGUCUUCCCUUAGUGCUCGUGACAUUCCACCAGAACACUUGAAUUGUUUGCCUGAUUUUGAUGGACAGCAGCACCCUUUGAAUGACUUGAGCUGUUUCUUACAGCCUCGAACUGGUGCUGUUUCAGUGAGUAGACCUGGCCGGUCCAAGACACUGACUCCGUCAAAUCUGGAAGAGCUUUUUCCUUCUGAGGUUUCUUCAUCUCCCCGGUAUUCUGACCUAGCAAUGACUUCUCUGUUUUCCCCUACACACAAAUCAGCCGUUCUCAAUCAGUUUCAACAGCUGCAGUGUGUGUUAUCGCCUUUAAAUACAGAUGUUCUCUCUCCUAGGAAUGUUGAGCAUUCUAUGCUACAGACUUCAUUUGGUGUUUCUCCUUCUGGAAGGAUGUCUCCAAGAAGUGUUGAACCAAUCUCCCCAAUGAGUGCUCGCUUAUCUGCAUUUGCUCAACGCGAGAAGCAGCAGCAACAGCUGCGCAGUAUUAGUUCAAGGGAACUUGGUGCUUAUAGUCCCGCCUCAAUUGUUGGCUCCCCUAUAAACAGUUGGUCUAAGUGGGGUUCCCCUAAUGGAAAAGUUGAUUGGUCAGUAAAUGGAGAUGAUGUUGGUCAUCAGAUGCAAAAAUCAUCCUCAUUUGAGUUUAAAAACAAUGGGGAAGAGCCUGAUCUAUCCUGGGUCCAAUCUCUGGUGAAGGAAUCUCCACCUGAGAUGAUCAAAGAGAACUUUGCAUCUUCUGAACCUGCUGCAUCUGCUGAUGGACUGAAUUCCAAUUCCCAAAUUGAACCCAUUGAUCAUUCUGUUUUAGGAACUUGGCUGGAGCAAGUGCAACUGGAUCAGCUUGUAGUCUAGUCAAAUUGACCCUUUACAUCUUGUUGAGAUAGGUAUUUAAUUUUCCUGAGGUACAUAUUCUUUUGCUGAAUUUUUUUGGGAAGACAAGAAGGAAGUGUGGUAAAGGAAGGGGGUUGGCCGCAAAGUUGCCAAGCGAUAUUCUAUUUUUUUCUUCUUUUUUAAUAUUUGCCAUCCAUUAUUUUACUACAGAGCUUCGAGAGAGGUGAACAAGUCUCUCUGGGGCUGUCUGAAUAUUCAAUAGGGGAGAAAUCGUGUCGAGGUUAUGUAUUUUUCUUCCAAAACGCCCCGUAUCAGGAUUCUCCCUUUUUCCAUUUUACUGCAGUUCUGAUUUCCCUAUCAAGCAAGCUAGACGGUUUAUAGUGAAAAAAAGCCAUAGGCUUGAGUUUGUCGCAAAGUUCUUUCUGAAGUUAAGCCAAGUCAUAUUUUGCUGUUGCCUACUAAGGUUGAAGUUCUUAUCUUUUUGAGGGAAUAAUUAGAGAUGAUCUGCGCUACUUGAAUAUUUUACUGCAGAUCACAAUAGAUAGUGAAAAGUUUACUAUGUUCCUAUGAUGUAUUACCUUGAAUUGUGCGUGCUGGUUAUCAUCUUGUUUUCAAAUUCAAAUGCAAUGUAUUUUUUUCUUCUUCUCUUUUGACCCCUUUUUUCUGUAUCUACUUUCAUUAAUUAAAUGCAAUGUCAAGUAGUACUCUUCGCACCAAGUGUUUUGUAAGGGAGAUGGGAUGAAUUUGGAAUCUUUUUUUAUAUAUGAUUUUUAACUGUGAAACUAGUGACGGGUUUUUUUUUUUUUUUUCAUUAUUCGUUUUUUCUGUGUAAUCUUGCACAUAAUAAAAUGUAUAAUAAAUUUUUAUUGCAAAUUAUUGAAUUUAAUGUAAUUUAAUGUGUGUGUGUGUGUGUAUAUAUAUAGUAUUUGCUUUGUGCAUUGAAUGAUAAAAUACAAGAUCCAGG